AUGCACACAAUGUUUCAAGCUGGAGACAGUGAUUUGGAAGAUGUGGAAGUGAUAUUGGAUAGGGCCAGGGGACCUCGGAAAUGUUCAGAGUCCUCUGAAAGACUCAAAGUGCAAACAGCACUGACAAGCACCAAGUCAAACGCUCAAGUAAAAGCCAAAGGGAUGAAAUCAUCUCAUCAAGAGACACAAGCAAAGAUGUUCAUGAAGGGAAACAAGCAAACAAGUCUUCAGCUUCAUAUGGUCAUAGAACAUCACCAGGAGCUCAAGUUUCUGUUCAUAAAGACUCCUGGUCUUCUUGGAAGGAAGAAGGCACAAAAAAAUAGGAAGACCAAUCAUUGGUCCGUGAGGAAAAGAAGAACUCGUCAACGGUCUAAAAGUAACAAUGAAAGGUUGUUACCAGUGCCAGUAACUGCUGCUCCUCCCAUGUCUCUUCCCAUUGAGAGCCCUGGUACCAGGAGGAGAGGGCAUAAUGUUUCACCAACAUCAAGAUAUCAACUACGAAAGAAGAGUGUCAUUGGAGAUAGUAGUCCAUCCACAGUCUCUCAUCUAAGGCAAGGAGCCAGUGACCAAGAUGUUUGUAAACAGGGGACAGAGAGAAGUGGAACUUUCAAAUCUGGUUGUAAUAAUAUCACAGGAAGUCCAGAUGAACACUCACAGGAAGCCUUCUUUGAACAUACAUCCCAGCAAGUAGGUCUACCUCAUAACCCAUCCAAGGGAUGUCUUUCUGGAACUGAUGGUGACACUAAGGUAGGCACAUCCCCCAAAUCUCACAUAACAAGCCAGAAUGAAAUGAGUGAGGAGAGUUCAUUAUGCCCAUCAGAUAUCACUCACCUGCCAGAAGCUCAGACAGAUUCACAUGAGGCUCAAUAUGAACUGGGAAUAGAGCUACCCAAUACACACCAUGUGCCCAUAAUACCUAUUCUAGACUCUCAAUCACAUAACACCUCUCAUCAUACACAUCUUGAGGGCUCAGGGAGCUCAAUGAGCUCAAUGGACCCUGCUCAUAUUUCACUUGAGUGUGGUGAAGAUCAUCACAAAGAAGGAGAAUUAAAGAAAAGGCAGAGGAUGAGAUUUAUUAAAUCAUCCUCACUUUCUCUUGAAACAGAAGGCAAUCAGGCAACUCAAUGUGUUGAUGGGCUUCCUCUGGAUUCUCAGGAAGGGAAAUCUCGAGAAUCCUCACCAUCAGUGAGAUUUCGACUACGAAGGAAGACUCUUUUUGAGGAGCCUUGUCCCACCUCCAUCCCUGAUGUUGAGCAGGAGGCUAAAGUUCAAAAUGUUCACAAGAAGACUGAGACAAGUAGGACUACAAAAUCUAGUCAUAAGAACAGGGAAAGUCUAGGCACUUCGAGUAAUCAGUCCCAAGAAGCUGUCCUUGACUGGACAUCAUCACAGAGGUAUUGGUUACGAAAACAGCAUGUCAUCAGUGAUUCUGAUCCAUCUUCCAUCUCUGAUCAUGAACAAGUGGCAAAAGAUUUAAAUGUUCAUGAGAAGGAAUCAAAGAAAAUUAGAGCUGCCAAAUAUGAUUUUGGUAAUGUUGGAGAGAGUUUGAGCAGUGCAGCCAAACAAUCACAGGAAGCAACAAAGGAAUAUUCAUCCAAAGGAAGUCUUACUGAUGAUCAUGGGCUAAAGGCAAAAGACUUAUGUGAAUCUCUCUCAGUGAACCAACAUGAAGAGCAUGAAAAGAGUCCUUCAAUGGCAAAUGACACCCAUGUGCAAGAGGCCCAUAAGGGUGCAUUUAAAUAUGAUGAAAUGAAAAAAAAGGGACUAUCUGAUGAUCUCCUGGUAUCAAGAGCUCCAUUUCAUGAACUUGAAUCCUGUAACAUCCCUUCUUGCAUUCCUGGAACACAUCCUGAUGCAGAUACCUCAUUGGACUAUGAACCUAUUUUGCAUGAAACUGACAAAGAUGACAAUGAAAAGAAGGAAUUGAAGGAUGGAAACACAAGAAAGCAGGUAUUUCCAUUUGAGGAUUUUGAUCCAGUUUCCAUUGCCAGAAGGAAGAAUUCUUUCUCUCAAGAGGUACAGAACAGAGAGUUCUCAUCUCCGAUUAGGAAAUCUCAAGUUUGUAAAAAGAGUGACAAUGCUGGCAGUGGUUCUACCAGUACUAUUUGUGAGGUGUCAGAAACAGCUGGAAUGUUGUUACCACCAUGUUCUACAACCACUAAUUAUGCCAAAACUUCCCAUGAAAAUGGAGCUGAAAUUGUCAAAGUUUCACCUAACACUACCCAAAAGUCAUCAGCUUACCAGGAACAGGGAAAUGGGAGGCAGGAGAACCUUUUGGAUGACCCAGAGAAGGUGCAACUAGAAGAUUCAGAUCAACAAUCUGCCCAAUGCCAUCCUGGACUCUCAUUUGAAGAUGCUGAAGGGAAACAAUGUAGUCCUGUUGCUACUAAUGCCAGUGAUAUGGUUCAACCAUCAGCAUGCACCCCUUGCUUUAUAUCCCUUCCAAAGAUGUUUUUGGGGAAUGAUGUGAGUAAUGAUGGACUUGCUUCUAGUACCUUCAGAAGUGAAACUGAAGAAAUGGAUUAUGAACCUGAGGCUUUUGGAAGCUGUGUUAAUUAUGCUGAUAGCCCUAUCAGAAGUACCUCAAUGGCUGACCCCACUAAAGACAGAAACAGCUAUGAAAAAGGGAAUGCAAUAGCAUCUGAUUCGAGUAGCAGUGAUUCAAGCAGUUCAGAUGAUGAUAUGAGUUCCAGUAGUUCUUCCUCGAGCCUUUCUUCUAAAGCGGGAAAUUUGGGGCAGCUGCCUAGUGGAUCUUGUUCAUCUUGGUCCAAUUCAUCCAAGGAAGAAGCUGGGACCAGAGAGAAAAUUUCACUGCAUUCUGAUGAUGAGAAAGGACCUCAAAAAAAUGAAGACCCAAAGCUGUCAGAGUCAGCUGACAAUGAAGAUGGUAGACAAAGUUUCAAGUGGAAGAAACAGAGGACAUUUUCAGCACCAGGAUCCAUAGUUGAAGAGGUAGGAGAGGAUGAUGCCAUCGUUAUUGAUGAUGAGGAUGACUUACCAAUUCUCUCAGUGAGUGAUACUUCUGAUGGUGGUUGUGAAGAAGAAAAAGGCAGUGAAGGUUCACAGCAGGAUUCCCAUGGAAUGUCUGUGACAUCUAUCACUAAAUCAGAUGAUUCUCAGCUAUGGAUCUCUGUUCACUCCUGCAAAUCUACAGCAACUCCAGGGGGUGCAAGGCAUGAGGUUGUGAGUCAGGUGGUGGAGACUGAGAAUUAUGAAAAGAUAGAACACAUGACAGGACCCUGUCAUCUAUCACAAGUAAAACCUUCCAAGACUGCAUCCCCAGAAAAGUCCCCAGCCAAUAAAAAAGAGAAAGAAACAUUUGGAGCCAUUUUGCGGAAUAUCUACCAACGGAGUUGCUACCAGCACAUCUUCUCAGAAUGUUUUGGAACCUGUCGUUAUAACCACAAUGUGAUGCUUGCAGAUGUAAUGAGUCAUCAAGAGGAGCUCUCAUGGGACUAUGAUCAGGCUGUAUCACAUUUUCACUGGGUCAUGGGGAAAGAAAGGCGUUUUAGACGUUUGAAAAUUGAUAUUUUUUGUCACCUGGUGGAGUCACUGCUAAACGCAGAUCAGAGUGGAGAAUCACUUAAGGUAAUAUGCCAAUAUGGACCACGAAGCCCUCGAGUUCUUGACCUACUAAUGAAGAAAGUGGAGGAAAUAGGUACAAAGCUACAGCCCUUUCAACAAUUGCACCCACUGAUUCAAAAAGUCAGAAAGCAUGCAUAUGUCCCAACUGCAACACAGAUGAUCUGCAUCCUGGACAUCAUGCUGUAUCACAGGUGUACUGAAGGACUCCUUGAUUGGGCUGACUACCUUGUCCAGCAAUCCCUCAUGGUUUUGCCAAAGAGUAUAUUGAACCGAACAGUGUCUUUGGUGUUGUCAACUACAAAGCAGGAUCCUCAUCAAAACUGGCUAACCAAGUUUUAUGCUGUGUUAGCAAAAAUGAGUGAGAGUGACAUUUGCAAUAUGGACCCAUAUCAUGCUACUCUUGUCAUUGAUGCUCUGGAUCAGAAUGGUUAUGGUGCUGAGGCUAUGUACCUUCGAAACAUGGUGUUCCCACAAGAAGCAUCUGUAUCUCAGCAAAGACAUUCCUCUGGUCCAGUAUGGGCCUCUGCUGCACAGCGUCAAAUAGAUUUACAGAACUCUGCCUUCGGAAAGAAGCGAAUGAGUGAUCUGAUGCAUAGAAUGCCUAUCCAGGAUGGCAGUGAUUCAGAAGAGAAGAGUCAAGUUGAAUCACAGAGACAGGUCUUCAUGCUCAUGCAGCAGAAUGCAUAUGGAGAAAUUGCACAGUUACUGAUGGAUUUGGAUAUGAGCACUAAGGCAGGACAUAUGUGUGUCCAACAAAUCACUAAGCAUCUCAUAUCCAGUGGCUGUCCUGGUCAAGAUUUUGAUGUUUUUGUGACCAAGAUCUUUGAGCACAUGAAGGACAAGUAUCCAUCAUCAGACAUCCUGCAAAAGGUGGCAGAAAUAGCAGCCUGUCUCCUAUCGCACUUGAAGGAGCAGAAAUGUUCUGACAAUGAAUUUCUUAGAGUUCUUGAUGUUGUGAUGCUUCAAAAUCUUGAUCUCAUGCAAGUCUCAAAAGAAUCUCAAAGGAAAGAGUCAGGAUAUAUCAUCUUACUUUACAUCCAGCUCCUUGGGAAAACCAAUCGCCUUCCUGAAGUUGUGCCAAAGCUGAAAGAACUGAGAGGAAGUCUUCCAAGCUUGAAGCCAGCACAUGUUGAUUUUGCCUGUCAUGUGAUGAAGAAAGUCAUAAACAAGUGCAUUUUGAAUGUGAAGCUCUGCAGUGAAGCACUGGAGUGUUUCCGGUUUCUCCUUGAAGUUUGUCAAGAUGGCAUCUUGCAGGACAAGAUUGGGGAAAGUAGUUGUGAUGGAGGACCAAACUCAUAUCUUGAGCAAAUUGAAGGACUGCUGGCAGGCAUGGCAAUGUCUGUGUUCAACUCCAGAUCAGCAAGCCAUAUCAACAAGCUUAAGGACCUAGCAAUGGAGAAGAAAGAGUUUUUCUUUACUCCUGUUCAUCUUCCUAUCUUGCGGGAGAUGGUUGUACACUUAGUGAACCUAGAAGUGCUUGAGGAUGCCAAAGCAUGGUUUACCAUAUGCUCCAGGAAGGGGCUCCUUGUGCCAUUUUCAAAGACAGGGCCAAGUUCAGGCUUGAUUGUGACUCCUUCACCAAGUGAAAGUCUUGGGGAUGUACUGCUAAGAAUGAGGGAGGCUUUGGAUAGAAUUCAAGAUUCCUUUCCUCUGUUCAGAAUCACCCCUCAGAACCUUGCUCCAAAUGCUGUCAUCUUUCAGUCAUCAUAUGAAGAAAACAGGUGUUAUAGGCUGAAUCUUCUUUCGGUAAGCCUUCGGCUUACUUCACUCCAGUUUGAAUAA